UGUCCCACCUAAUCCCCACAGAGCAGUCCAUCUCAGUCAAUGACAUUAUCUAUAUUGAAUAAACAAUCAGCAGCCUCACAAUCUGACACAACAGUUGAGGGCGUCUCGCAGAACUGUAUUUCACAACGUUUUUCUGUUUGCAGUUUCAACAAAUGUGUAUUAUCCAAUUAAGACGAGUAGUCAGCUUGUACAAUGUAUAUUUUACUUGAGUAUUUCCAUUUGCUGCUUGUACUCCCAAAUGGAAAUACUGUAUGGUAGUAGUUAAUAUUUGACUGCUUGAAUUAAUGAUUUUGUUUUACAUCAAAACAUGUCAAUUUGAUAAAAUACAAGACAUUGCUAAUUUAACUGCCCAAUAGAGAACUAUAAAGCUCAUCUCAGCUACAACAUUACAAUCCUUCUUCUGCAUCAUAGUACAAGACAAUUAAUAUACAUAAGUCUGUCAGUGGCCAUUCUGCUGCAUGAUGGUAACUUUAUUUCUUCGUAAAAGUAGAAGAAGUUUAUAUUUUUGGUAAUACUAAUACUUCAGUCAGACUUCACACACAUGACUUAUAGUGUUUCUAUUGUUCUGAAGUAUCUUAAUACUUCUUCCACUACUGUUUAGGGUGCAUUAUUAUUUACCAUCUUUUCCUAUCUGAAUAAUGCAUUCUACUCCCUAAAUGUACCGUAUCUUAAAGAAAAUGGACAUUUGAAUCAGAACUCUGAACAAAAAAAGGUCACUGUGACGAGUCAGUGCACACAAAAUGUUGCUCUUAAAACAUAUGCUGUGGUCUACUUUUAUUUUGUAAAAUGCAGCUGUCUUCAGUUGAAUCAGGACACGUUCAGUUCAUUAUCUUUGAAGGAUGUAUCCUGAGAAAGCGUUCCCACUCUGAGCUGGUCGAGCAGCCUCGGUGGGAUGGGGGCUCUGUGACAUCCCCGCUUUCGUUUCUCCGCACACACCCCCUCCAACCCUCCGCGCUGUGCGCAUGGACCGCGCGCAUUACCAUAUGCUCCCGUGUGGUUGUAUUGUCUCUCAAAUUAAAUAAUGGACGAGUGAUUCGAAGGCAGCGGCUGAGCGGCAUGGAUGCCCGUUGACUGAAGGAGCUGCCUUUAUGGAUUGGAGCUCAUCGCCGCCAGAGCAGAUCUGGGGAGAGUCUGAGAGGUGAGGCGGCGUUUUUAGCCGAUUGUGUGCGGAGGUGACACCGCAGCGGAAGACCAUGGCGCUCACCGGGUAUCUCAACAAAGCACGAGCCGGGUUCAUGAGCCGGAUCUGAAUUAAAAUCCUCCUUCGGUUGCAAUGCCGUCAUUUUCUCUUUAGGGUUGUUUUCAUCAAGCAUCCGUCCAUCCUCCGGUGUAAUACAGUCCUGGCUUUGUCACACACAGUGUAGCCGUCUGCAUGCUGUAUGGAUCGGGGCAUAUUGCUAUUGCAUUUAAACUGGGAUGCCACAUUCCACCGGAUGUUUCUCAUUUCCCCCAAAUGCAUUCAUAAUGUAAUUUUGUGGUGAAGUGUAUGGACAAUGACGCGUUUCUAGAGGCUAAUUGUGGCCUACUUUGCACACAUUGCAAUACAGUAGCACAUAUUUAAAGGGCCCAAAUGUGCAUCUGGGGCAAUAGGGCCUGGGAUACACUUAAUGUUGCAGAGAUUACAUUAAUGCUGAACAAUGACCGAAUGCAUGACUUUCAAUAAUCACAAUGUUAUGCGUCAAAUACAGUACAAGAGUCAGUCCACUUACUAUUCAUUCGGACUAAGUGAUUGUAGUGCCCCCAGUUUAAAUUCUCUGUGGACUGUGUGGUAUUGUAUGUAGGCUACUGCAUCACCAAAUCCCUCCCACAUACAGGGAGACUCACUGUUACUAUAAAUGGGCCGUCCCACUGAUAUAUUCACACAGUCCAAGCAGUCGUAUCGUGAAAAAGUAGUAGUAUUGUUACCUGGCCCACCCCAAUGAUGCAGCAUGUCGACUAUUUAACCACAGAGUGCACUUGUAAACUAUCAGCAUGCACCAACUGUCUUUACAUUUUCUGAUGGAGCAGCUGGUGAAGGAAUGUACACAUGAAGACAGGAAGGGGGAGUAAAGGACGAAGGGAUAUGCAGUCCUGUUUGAGCCGCGGCUGCUGCGGUCAGUGCUCACAGGGGUUUAUCGUAAAUAUAACCAGGUUGAGGGAAGAAGAAUUCUACAACAACUGUCAGGUUUGGGUUGGGAGACGGAAGGAAAGCCUGAGAGACUCAGUUAACUUUAAGCCUCAGUGGCUCCUCCUAUCCCUCCUCUCCCCUGAAGACCUCCAAUUCCCUAAAGAGGUGCAAAUGAGAUAAUGCACUUUCAGUGAAAUGAUUUGAGUGCCUUUUUUCAUUUCUGGAAGAGCUCUCGCCUUUUACAAAGCUAAUUGUGUAUGCUAGUUUACACAUCUCUACCUGUUGUGAAUAUUGUUGUACCGUUUAAAAAUGUUAAUGGUUUAUUUAUCCCUCUCUCUCAUAGUGUUUAAUGUGUGCACACCUUUGUUUUGUUUCUCUGGACAGUGCUGUGGAAGAGCAGACUUCAUCCAAGAUCCCAGGUCACAUGACAGGUACAUAGCUCUCUUUAAUAUAAGUAGUAGGCUUGUCCACGAUUCCACAAUUACUACAGCGCUUAAAGGAACGUGCUCCCUCUGCUUAGAUUUUUGCAGCGUUGACAACUCUCCUCCUCUCCAGCUUCACACACUCAAGCAGUUUGAACAGCACCUGAAUGACCUGAAGAAGGAGAACUUCAGCCUCAAGCUCCGCAUCUACUUCCUGGAGGAGAGGAUACAGCAGAAGUACGAGGAGAGCAGUGAGGAUGUCUAUCGUACGAACAUCGAGCUGAAGGUGGAAGUAGAGAGCUUGAAGCAGGAGCUCCAGGAGAAACAGCAGCUUUUGGACAAAGCACUCAAAACAGCAGAGAGCUUGACCAAUCACAAUGAGGCAGAGCUGCAGAGACGGUGUCGGGAGAGACAGCAGGAAAUCGACCACAUGGAGCAAGUGCUUGAGACUAAGAUUCAGCUCCUGCAGGAGGAGGCCCAGCUAGCACGCAGCGAGGCUGAGCGGAUGGCUCCGCUGGCUGGAUCGCACUCCAAUGCCUCCCUGUUCUCCCUAGACACCCCCAUGGAGGACACCCCAGAGGACGAGAGGCCUCGAAGCAUCCUCUCCCCAUCCAACACCAACAAAGACAGGUUAAUAGAGGAGCUGACUAAAGACCUCUGCUCCAAGGAGACGCUCAUCACCGAGCUGAGCGGAGAGAAAACAACACUCACACUCAGGGUGGGAGAGCUGGAAGGACAAGUUCAAGAGCUGUCUUCAUCUCUGCUCCAGAAGGACAAGGAUGUGGAUUUUUAUCACGAGGAACUCGGCCGAGAGAGGCUGCGCAUCGAACAGGAGAUGCAGAGCCUCGUUGAGCAGCAGCAGACUCAACUGAACCAGUUUGAGUGUGCAGCCAGUCAAUGUGUCAGCGAGCUGCAGAAGGCCCAGCUCCAGGUCCAAUCCCUGCAGGCCAAGAUCCACGAGAGCGAGGCCAACAAUAUGAAACUGCAGGAGAAGCUGAGUGAGAUGGAGUGUGAGCUGCGUUCGAUCCGCCAGGCUGCUCAGAGUCAGGAGCGAACCAUUCAGGGUCUCACAGAGUCCAUCAGCACCAAAGACAGUGAGGCCCAGGAUCUGUACCAGCUGAUGGAAGGGCAGAACACCACUCUGUGUAAGCUGAGAGAAAUGGUCCACCACAACCAGCUUGCUCAAGUUAAGGUGCCAGAGGGGGUCAGCGAGUAUGUGAUGCUUGCCCAGCUGCAGACCGAGCUGGUGGCGGUGCAAAGCUCCUUGUUCUGCCUCGGUCUGGAGCUGGAGGCCAGCCAGAGGAGUCUGAGACGGAGCCAGAGGCAAGGAGAUGACCUGUCGAGGUUCAAGGACAGACUCGACUCCGAUCUACAGGAGGUGCAGCAGUACAGGGAGGUCACUGAGAAGCACAACCAGGACCUGCUCUCUGCCCUCCAGAAAACCCGCUCUGAGCUGCAGGCUAGAGAAGCGGCUCUGAAGGACGCCGAGGUGGAGAGACACACUGUGGUGCAGGAGAAAGACAGGAGCAUCGCACAGCUCAAACACUCGCUGCAGGACAAGGAGCGACAGCUACAGGAGUACUCUGAGAUGUUGGAUUCAACAGGAAGCUCCAAACCAAGAGAUUUCCUGCUGGAGAAACUUAAAGAGCGUAUUAAGGACAGAGACGGAGCUCUGGAGCGCGCCAUUGACGACAAGUUCCGCUGUGUUGAGGAGCGUGAGGGCCAAGUGAGGAGGCUUCAGCUCGCCCUCAGGGAGAAGGAGCGGGACCUGGAGAGACUCCGCUGCAUUCUGUCCAACAACGAGGAGACCAUCACGAGUCUGGACGCCCUGGUGCGGGGCAAAGAGCUGGAGCUGGAACAGGCGGCAGAGGCCUACAGGAACCUCCAGUGGCUGAAGCAGCAGAGCGAGGAGAAGGAGAGAAACACUCUGAGGGAGAAGGACACCAUCAUCCGCCAGCUCCAGGCAGCUCUACAGACACACAGCCUGGAGGCACAGGAUCUCACGGCCACCCUCGUGGCCCGAGUCCAGGCCGGGCCCACUGAGGUUGUCGAGGAUUUGAAAGCUCGGCUGGCACUGAAAGAAAAACUCUUCCAGGAGCUGCUCUCGGACCGCAGCCGCCAGUCCAAUGAGCACCAAGCACAGGUCCAGGAAAUGCUCAACACUCUGAGCUCCAAAGACCAGUACCUGCAGGACUACGCCUACCGGCUCUCCCUUGUGAUUGGCGAGCGGACUGGCCAGCUGCAGGAGCUCCGCAGACAGCUGUCAUCUCGAGACCGAGAGCUGUGCGAGAUGAAACGGGACAAGGAGAGGGAGAUGGGAGGAGAGGCGCAGCACCUGCGGAGUCUGCUCAAAGAGAAAGAAGCCUUCAUCAAGGAGCUGAUGCUGAGCCAGGAGGAGGCGAUGCAGCCAUCCUCCAAAGAGAGUGAGGCAGAGAUGACGGCUCUCCACGAAGAGUUGCAGCUAGUGCUGAAGAAGGAGAGGGAGGCUCAGAAGGAGCUCUCUGCUCUGCGUUCAUCCUUGGCUCGCCAGCAGGACAACAAGGACAGCGCUGAUCAUCAAUGUGUGUUGGAGCAGCUUGUGUCCGAGUACAACAAGCUGAAUGACGCCCUGAGGGUGGAGAAGAGAUUAUACCAAAAUCUCACACACAUUCAGACCAAGUGUGACAGCUCUGAGAAGAUCCAGGCCCUCCACACCGAGCUAGACUCGGUUCAGGCGCUCCGCAGACAGCUGGAGGAGGUCCUGGCCAGGACCCGUAACAUGGCCCUGGCGCAGGAGCGGGCAGCUAAAAAGCAGCGUGACUUUGGAGAGCUCAGCACAGACGAGGAAGGGGAGGAGGAGGAGGAGGAAGGAGACGAUGAAGAUGGCACCAGUGACGACUUUACGGACAGCAUAGAGGAGGACGAUGACAAAGUGACGGCCAGAAGUUUGGCCUCCAUUCAGGCGUGUGGAGCUGAGGGUGUGAUCGGGCCGCUGGUGUCCCAGAGAGCUGACGUGAAGCAGCUCGAGGAAGCAAGGAAGACACUUGAAGGCCAGCUUGAGGAGAUACGGUCACAGCUGGAGAGGGAUGGAUACUCCUCCGUGGCUCAGAUGAGGAGUGCACUGCAGAGGCUGCAGCAGGAGAACCAGACUUUGAAGGAAACCAGAGGACGAGCUGGAGCGGUGGUCCUGAGGACAAACCCAGAGAGGAAUCACAGGAGCUUGAAUCAGGAAGAGGAGGAGCAUGUUCAGGAAUCCGAUAAAGAGGAGGAAACAUCUCCAAAGCCGGUGGGAAAGCGAGGUCAUCCGCGUGUUAGUCUGAGUGAGGAGCGCGGGAAGAGGCACUGCAAGGGUCCACACCCUCUGACGCCCCCUCGUCACACACACCGGCCGGAGACGGGGGUGGAGUCCGCUGGUGACAGCAGCAAGGAGGGCGCGCUCUGGCAGGACAGAGACGAGGGUCUUCGUGAGCAGGCGGCCCGCCUGACCUCUGAUCUGGCCCUGAACCAGCAGGAGAACAGAGAGCUGCUGGAGAGGCUGAUGGUGUCCGAAGCCACGGUCCACGCUCAGGCUGAACAACUGAAGGAUUACAGAGUUCUGCUCACGGAGACGUCGGUGCAGCAGGCCAGUAAGCAGGUGCAGGUGGAUCUCCAGGAUCUUGGUUAUGAGACUUGUGGUCGCAGUGAGAACGAAGCGGAGAGAGAAGACGCCAGCAGCCCCGAGUUUGAUGACCUGGAGAUGUGCACGUCGCUGUCCAAUCAACAGGACUAUGAGGGCGCGGACGGCAGCUGGUUCGCUGGCAGCAGUAACGCGGGUGCUUUUGAAAUGGAGGACGAGUCGGCGCCUCUGCAGCAUCUGGUCCAGGAUCUGCGCUCGCAGCUGAGCAGCUGCCACAAGGUGAUCCGCGGGCUGCAGCUGCGUGUCCGCUCCCUGUCCACCACCAGCGACUACGCCUCCAGCCUGGAGCGAACCCCACGCAAGGUAAACUGGGCCUUUGAGACAUCGCCGGCACCCAGCGGGGUGGAAGAGGACGAAGGCUGGAUGUCUGACACCCAAGGCAUUCCCUCAGGGCCCAAACCCAGCAGGGAACUGCAAGAACUGAUGGCGCGAGUUGCGUCACUGGAGGCUCAACUGAAGAGCUCCAGACUGGAGGACAAAAGCCAAGCAGAGGAGGGGAAAUGUGCCACCUGGCCUGGGAAGUACAACUCUCUGAUCCAGGCACAAGCUCGUGAGCUGUCCCACCUCAGGCAGAGGAUAAGGGAGGGGCAAGGAGUCAGCCAUAUCCUCACCCAGCACCUGGGCGAUACCACCAAGGCCUUCGAGGAGCUGCUGCGGGCCAACGAUAUAGAUUACUACAUGGGUCAGAGCUUCAGACAGCAGUUGUCACAGAACUCUGCCCUGGCACAACGAGUGCUGGCCAAGAUCAGCGGACGCGAGCGUGCAGAGAGCCAUGAUGACAAGAAAGGCCAUGAGUUGCUCGCCCUUCGGCUGAGCAAGGAGCUUCAGCAGAAAGAUAAAAUCAUCGAGUCCCUCCACACCAAGCUGCAGCAGCGCCCUGAGACCCCGUCCAGCUGCCAUGCCCUCUCGGAGACCACCGACCACUCAGACAGGACGUCCUUGGUGUCCGAUGAGUCCAGAACCAACGAAGACUUGGAGCUGUGCUCGGAUUUAGACGCCAGAGAAUAUCAGGAGGAGCACGGGCUGCAGCAGCCGGGUCAAGGAUCAGAACAACAAGUCCAUCCAUCGAUCCUUCCUCCUCAUGGCUUCCUUAAGUCCUCCAGCAGCUGUCCCAACAUGCAUUGCUCAGCCCCUGUGGGUUUGACCAGUCAGUCCUCUCGAGCCCUUUUCAGAGAGUCCAUCUCCUACUCUGUCCCCUCUGGCCCUGACGUCUGGGGUCGAGAAGUCAUUUCUGACCCCCGGCCCAGGGCCCUGUCUGUGAUUGCUGUUCGCCCAGAGCUGGACAUGCUGUACAAACGGAUGAAUGAGCAGAAUAGGGGCUUUGCAGUUCCCCACGACAAGGCUCAGUUCAGUCACUCAGCGGGGGCCCACAUCCAGCACAACCUCUCCGGCUACAGCCAGCAAUCCCAUCAUGCCUUUCAACAGUACCAGCUGGGCGGCAUUCCCGAAGGCCACUCGAUAAAGUCUGACUCUGGUCUCGUGACCGGACGGUCUUUGUGGGACAUGGAAAACAUGGUGCCGCAAGUCGGUGGCUACUCUGGAUCGUCAGGACACCAGCAGGGAAGCAGCCAUGCAGGGGUACAUUUAAUAGAGGAGCACCUGCGGGAGGUUAGGAUUCUCCGUCAGCGCCUAGAGGAGUCCAUGAGGACCAAUGAUCGGCUCCGAUUGCAGCUGGAAGAGAGACUGGCCUCAACCGGGCGCGGUGGAGGGGCACCAACAAACAUCUACAUUCAGGGACUGGACUCUGUCACUCAGCUGUGCAAUGAGAUCCGAAUCCUGAAUGAAGAAAACCUGGGACUGAAGUCCCGCCUGCAGGCCAGCACAGACACAUGUGAGGAGGUGGUGCAGUUGCGGGAGGCGGUGUUUACAGCAUGCGCCCGCCUGAAACAAGCAGAGCUGGAGGCAGAGCAGUGGAAAGAGGAGCUGAGACGACUUCAGGCUCACGCGCAGGAGCAAGGACAGCAGAUCCACAUAUUGAGGCAGGAACGGCAGGCCAGUCAGGAGAAAACCAACAGGCUCCAGCAUGAGGUGUCUCUCCUGCAGCAGCAGCUGUGUGAGAGCAGAGAGCUCAUCCACUCCCUGCAGGGGGAACUACAAGUGUACGAUCAAGUGUGCUCCAGCACGAAGGCCAACAAAAGCUUCCUGUGUGAGCUGCCAGGUCUCCCGGUGGAGCUGGGGGAGCUGCUCGGGGAGGUGAGGAGCCUGCGAGCUCAGCUACAAAACAGCGUCCAGGAGAACGGCGCCCUCAAACAACUGGAGCUCCACAAGCAGCUUGAGCAGAAGCUGGGUGUCGGCUCCCCUCGGACGCCCUCCCUCUCCGCCCUCACCGCCAGCCCCCAGAGGGAGAACUUCUACAGGCGACAGCUGCUGCACGACCCAGCUCCGUCUCCACCGGUCAGGGACAUUGGUCUGUUUCACUGUGGAUCUCCUGGUCCUCCCUACUCAUACCUGGACGACAGCCAUAGCACGACCAAUGCGCUUGAAUCCCCAACGGACCUUCUUGAACCUCACUCCGAGCUGGAGGGGGAGGCCCCUGACGGAUCAUUUGCAAACCGCAACGGCCGCCACGCCAUCGGUCAUGUGGACGACUUCAGCGCUCUGCAGCAGCAAGUCCUGGAGGGCGGCGGCCUUGUCCAGCGCAUGGAGACGACCCUGCAGGCCUUCCUCGGCCCACCGCUGCUGGAGGGCCCCCAGAGGCAGAGCAGCGGGCUGGUCCUGGACUAUGGCUGUGUGAAGAGUCUGCUGUCCAACACCAAGACCCUGAGACAGAUCCUGGAGGAGGCGAUGUCCCUGCUGAAGAUGUUCUGGAGAGCAGCUCUGCCCAGCACUGAUCCCUCCUUCCAAAACCUUAAGAAGGAGCAGUGUAUGCAGGAAGAGCUCUUAUCCCUGAAACUGCGUAUGUCAGAGCAGGAUGAGGUUCUUAAAGGGACGGUACACAGACUGAGGAGCACCAGCCGCACCAAGGAGAACAUGGAGCACUUCAUCGUCAACCAGCUGUCAAGGACUCGUGAUGUGCUGAAGAAAGCAAGGACAAAUCUAGAGAAGAAUGAGCUGAGACUUUCCUCUCUAAGCUCCUCCUCUUCCUCUCCUUAUGCUGCUGAGGACCCAGGAGGGGCUGCCGGAGAGCGGCCUGCUGAUCGCAGUUUCCUGAAGACCAGCGGUGCUUCCGGAGCUGCAGCCAAUCAACGUCCAGCAGCGAGGAAGCGCAGCAGCCAAUGCCUGCUUUAACACUUUUAAAGAACCAGCCUCAAUGUUACCACCUCUGACCUCUAACCUCGAUGCCAAACCAGCCCCCCUCCUUCCACCCCACCACUCUUGUCCCACCCAACCACCCUGGCCUCAGUCCAGCCAUGAGAGUGCUUCCCCUCGUCCCUCCUCCAGGCUAUACGUGCGCAGUAUAAUCUGCCCCUCGAGCCUGACCAAACCCCCUUCAUCCGCUCGCCAAUUUUCUGUCACCCUCUACCCCUCCCCCCCACCACAUGUAUUAUUGUCUUUGAGUGAUACAGUGGGCAGUACGCCUCGUCGUGUGUGACUAAAGAAGGUGUUUGAAAUGGCCCUCCGGUGGUUUCAGUGAAGUGCGUCCUACUGACGGAGCUGGUUGAGGAUGCUCCCAGACACUGAUCUCAGAACAGGUGUGUGUGUGUGUUCUCAAUCUGGUUCCACUAAAGGCCUUUUGGCUUUUUUGGGUUGUAUUAUAGAAACUUUCAGGAACAUUAUAUCAGAUUAAGGAGAUUACACUUUAAGAGGGAGGAUUUACAGAUUUUUUUUAAUGAACCGUAGACUUAAGAGAAUUCAACUUGCGAGUUAAAAUCUAAAGGUUUCUAUAGUACACCCCCUGAUCUGUAUCUAGGAGCAUCCUCUCUUGAGAGCCAGGCAGCUCGCGGACGGAAGAAAUGUUCAAGCAUGUUUAAGAGAGGUCACUCAGUGUGAUCGAAAACAGCUCACUCAAAGACAAGUCACCCUCUAUUUGACUGCCACAGAAUUGCAAGUUUACUUCUUGUGGCACUUCUAUCCACAAGGACUCUUUUCUUUUGCAAAUGCAAUGCAAAAAACAAUGACACCCACGAUGUAUCACACAGUGGAGGAAUGUAGAGGACGGAGGCGGUCACUGCUAAGUAAGAGUGUACUGGUUGUAUCUAUAUUUGUGGAGGAAGCUCAUGAAUGAUUUGUCAGGGGAUUUUUUUAAAAGCAUAACAAAAGCCAGCGAAAAAGUUCCAUUUGAGUCACAAGCCUCCUCUUUUAGGGUCCUAAUGGUGCUUUUCUUGGCACCUACCUAUAAUUUAAUGCUCAAACCAACCGGUCCAGCACAGGAUGGACACAGGAAUAUGUAAAAACAUCUAAAAAAGAGGUUAAAGUGCUCAAAUGGAACCAGGCUAAACACGCGUAUUCAAGCUCCUCUGUAGGAGUUCUCAAAAGAGCAUGUGCAAUAAGGAUGUUUCUUGAAUGAUAAUGCUGCACCGGGUUUAUUUCUUUGCUUGACACUGGAUUAUUAGUCACACUCAUAAUAACGUUAGGACACGAUCAGUGUUACGUACCUUUUACCAGACUGUUGAUGCAUGACCCAGAUUGUAAAAUCUAAACUAUGAACAGUGGAUUGCCAAUACUUGCCAAAGUUUGAACGUUGAACUCUUCACUUUGACUUGCCUUAUCCAUGCGAAUGACAAACCCAGGUCGGAUCAGACCGGAGGGUCAGCGAGUGGUCUUUAUUCCCAGGGCCCGCCGAACCAGAGACGGUAACCGGUAGACAGCCGGUUCAGUAUAUUUUGAAUUGUGCGACCGACAUGAGAUCCUUUUUUGGACCAAAACUCAACAGAGUGGAUUUUUCCCACUUGGCCAGAUGCUAUUGUCUUUCUGUUUGUUCUCUUGGUUCAGUCCGUCUUCGCAUUCCCAUGGCAAUGGCAACAUAGGUUAUCAAGUUCUUAUAGAUGAUGCAAACUUUGGCAGGCUACUGGUGGGAUCAUCGAUUCCUUUAUUCACGCACUUCUAACAGUUCACAUUUAGUUUGAUGAGUUCUUGCUGUACAUUUGCCAUUUUACGCUGUAAAUAACCGCCUUUUUCUGGAUGAACUUUUGAGUUUGUGUGUGCCUGUGUGUGUGUGUGUGUGUUUGAAAAAACAUCCAACAUUUGCUUUUUGCAAAGUUGAUUUUCUGGGUAGCUGUGCAAUAGCUUUUGAUGUUUUAUUUUGAUGUUAAACAUCAUCGUAAUACGAGUAUGAUUGUUGCAUUUACUUCCUGCAAUGUAUGAUUUAUAUGUUAGAGGAGUAUGUCACUUUGAAUCAAGUAGUCACAUAGGCUGAUGAGGAAUCACAAACUAUGCCUUCAUGAUAUCUAAGUCACUGACCCCAAUACCAUCCCCCGAUAACAAAGAUCUGAUUGAUGUUGCAUUGCUUGCCUUUACAUUUAUUAGCUUGAGAGCUUCCACCUGCUCUCAUUGGUUGGCCUUGAAGUAGCGCUCAUCUACCUGAGAUCUGCCAGAUUAGGUUUUGUUUGCGCUCAAAUCUUCACAAGACAACGGUUGGCGAAUAUUUCAAUAGAGAUUAAAAAAAAGUUUGAUAUUUCCUUCUGAAAUUUAAGAAGUUAAAAGGAAAAAGUUUUGAAGAAUUGUCUACUGUUAAUGUUUUGGAAAGAUUCUGAAACGUUGGAUCCACAAAGCACCUUGUUAGAGCGUCGACGAGCCUUUUUGCUAUUUGUUAUGAAGAAGGGAAUCAAACGGCAGUUUGAGACAAUGCAGUGUUGCUCCUGAGUUUCGUAUGUAUAUAUAGUGCUAUUUGAUUGGUGCAGCUUUUAUGUGAUAGGGAAGCAUUUUUUUCUGAGUUUGUGUAUAAUGAACGAGAAAGCCGAUACAGGACUCGUCUGGAUCCCGUCUCUGAUGACAGUUAACAAUGUGCUGUGAGGUCAAACGUCUUAUCAGAAUACGAUCUGAGAAAGAAUUAAUAAAACACUUUAAAAGCU